AUGGUCAACUUCAAAAGAUUAUCAAUACUAGCGGGAGCGACUUGCAUUCCUGCUUCAUACGCGCAAAACGGAACGAAUAGUAGCUGUUUAAUCAAGCACCUACAGCGAGCAGACAAUCCUUUUCCCAAUGGAGUGAACGCAACAGGAUCACAUUCCGUUCCAGGUUUCCAAGUAAAUUCCUCGUACCCCGCCUCAACCUGGACCUGGUCAGCCUACGUCGGAACAACAUUCACUGAUGACGAUAAUACCACCACUGUGAAUACUGGCUUUGGUCUAUCUACGUCACCCUUACAAAACCUCACCGACCCCUCCCUCCCAUAUCAAGGCUGCGUCGUCGCCCUCCAGCUCUCUUCUACUUCACUCAAGACCUCAGUCUAUGACAACGGUGACUGCACAGCAGCCUUCACCGCUGCUUGCGUUGCCGAAAUUAUCGCGAAAGCAAAUUCCUCUUCCUCCUCCAUCUCCGGGACAUCGACUUCGGCAGACACCCAAUGCAGCGCCCUCCUCUCGCAAAUCUCUUCGCUCUCCCAAGACUCUACCAGCACCUGUAAAGGCCUCAUAGCCGGCGGUGGCUCAUCCGGAUUAACGGUCCCAAACGUAACUGCAGCAGAAAGCCAAACAAGCUGUCCCAUCAUCGACCCCGGAAACUCGAACGCUACUUCUGGCGCCUUUUUCACUCUCGGCGAUAUAGUGCAGGGGAAAGAUAAUUUCGAGACUUAUGAUACGGAUUUAGAGACGCCGUUGCCGUUGUUGGUUACUGCUUGGUUGUUUGACCGGAAUGCGGGGACUAGUGGUGGAGGAGCAUGGGCAGAUACGAGGUUGAUGUGUAUUCCAAGGAAUCAGACAAUUUCGAAGGGGAGUCGAGAUGUGGGGGGUACGGCUGCGGCGAGUGGUGGUACGAGUGGGACGGGGAAGCCGAGUAUGGGGGCAAGGGAGUCGGUUGUUAAUUUGGGGUUGUUGGCUUUUGUUGUCCUUGCUGGUAUUGGAUUCGGUAUUUAGUUAUCUCAUAAUGCUCGUCUGCGCGGUGAACAUUAUCGUGGAUCAAAG